AUGCGUUCCCGACAAAAAGCCAGUGAAGGUUGGCUUGACGGUCGCUUCCGAAGUGGAGGCUUGCUUGUUUUCAUUACCGGUUUCCAGAUCUGUCCGGAGCUGUGGAUUCUUGAUUCAAUACAAUGUAUUGAAGAAAACAAUCUAGACAAGCUUAUAAAGAUACUGCAUGACCCUAUAAACGCACUUUAUCCCUACAGUCAACUAGAUGAUUACGUAACCCCACUGACAGCUGCUGUAGUAAACCAUAACUUAGGUUUAUCUACAUACCUUCUGGAACAGAAUGCAAACCCAAAUCUUACUUCUUCAAAUGGCUGGACACCUUUGCAUUAUGUCUCAAUAUCUGAAGCUCCAAUUAGCAUUGUAGAAAAACUUCUUAAAGCGGGGGCAGAUCCAAAUGGGUGGGGCCCCAGCGAUCAUCAGAUCUUUACUCCGCUGCAACUUGCAGCCAUUUAUUACAGGGAAGAUGUUGUUGAAACGCUACUUUCGGCUGAAGCAAAGGUAACCCUAUUACCUGCAUCAGUUACUGACAGUUUGAACAAGAACAAAAAGAUAGCUCAGACUAUAUACAAUUUGGGAUUGAAAGGAAAUGAGUUUUGCUCCAAAAUCUGUCAUUUCUUGGGUAUGACAAUAGCUGUUCGAGAGGGACCACCAGAGAAAGUUUUCCGUACCUUUCAUGAUCAGAUGUUACCGGAACAUCCUUACAGCCGUUUGACCCUGAUUGAAGUGCUGUUUAAUGUUACUGGGCGAGGUGCAGAAGAAUACAAAGAGAGAAGUAUUGGUUGGCUUACAGAAAACAGUCAUUUAAACAGCUACAUAACAAGUACCGUCAGUCGUUUGCAAGGAAUCCCAAAGGUGGCGGUGAAAAGUGCAGUUGAUACCUUGAAUGCAGUUUUCCACAAAGUGAACGACAUAACAAAUGAUCAAGGAAAGGCCAUUCUUUCCACACUCCUGCACCAACUUCAGUUGAAGGACAGACAGACAACAUCAUGGGAGGCUGUUCUUGAAAGAGAGGAAAGACAUGAAACUUGGGAAGCUGUUCUCCUAUCCAUUUAUGAGUUGACACAGAAAACAAAGGCCAUCAACAGCUGGGAAUCUGAGUUUAUGGAAACACUGUGCAAGACAGUUUCCCCUUUUGUACAUGAGAAGUACACCAACGAUAUCAGAACCUACGCUUAUGGCAUAUUUGCAAACUUGCCCUCAGCAAAGUUUUCUAUAUAUGGCCUGAUAACCUCAGUACCUGAUGAAAUAAUAAGACAUGCAGACAAGAAAAGAAAUGCUAAGCUAAAAGAAGGACUAAAAUGUCUGAAAAUUUACUUGAACAACACAAUUUCUGAAGGCAAUGGACAUGCUUUUAUGGUUAAAUCUAAAAAGAAGAAGAAGAGACAGACAAAAAACUUGGAAAAGGAAAACCCUAACUGUGGUGACUAUACAACGGCUGGUGAUGCAACAAUGGCUUCUUUAGUGAAACCAGUCUCAAAUCUACCACUAAUUGAGGACAGUCCCACUAAAGCAUCACCAGGAAGAAAAUGGUUUCAAACCAGCAAAAGGUGGAAUGAUAAGCUUAAAAAACUGGCUAGCAUCGAUGAAACUAAAGUGACAAGAGUACAAAGCAUUAUUUAUGCCAAUGAUGAAGAAUUUCACAUUGCAAAGGGGAGUGAUGGUACUGAAGUGUUCCUGGGACUGAGAGAUGAUGGCACAGAAGUUGCAAUUAAAAGAAUGUCUAAAAGUAACUAUAAAAAAUGAGGAGGGAAUCCUCCGACUGCCAGAGCUAGAUCAUUCUGCUAUUGUACGAUAUGUUGAUCAUGCAGAGGAUGACAACUUUGGAUAUCUUGCUCUCCAGCUUUGCGAGUACACUUUAGAGGAACUAAUCAUAAAUGGUAGUAAUGAUCCACUGAAGAGAAAGACCCUUGCCUACCAGCUUCUUCUAAGUUUAAGAGUGCUUCACUGUCAGAAUCCUCACAUUUUCCAUCGCGAUCUAAAGCCACAGAAUAUUUUAAUCGAUGUUAGGGGUGCAUUGAGAUUGGCUGAUUUUGGGAUAAGUAGACGCUUGCCCAAAGACCAAACUACUCACCAAACAGUUGGUGGAGGAACAAAGUGCUGGAAAGCCAGAGAAACCCUAGAAGAGGGCAUUGUCCCAUACAAGUCAACAACAGAUGUUCAGGUGGCAGGGAUGCUGCUUUAUUACAUUCUGUCUGAUGGAAGGCAUCCUUUCGAGGGCAGCAAAUCCUUUCAGUUGGAAUCAAACAUUUAUGAAGGAAAGUACAGUUUGGAUUAUGUUCAGGAUGUUGUAGCAAAAGAUCUAAUUGAAUGGAUGAUCAAUAAAGAACCAACAGAGAGACCUCGAGUUGAACAAUGUCUAAGUCACCCCUUCUUCUGGGAAAAAGAACGAAAAGUUGAAUACUUAAAAAGAGUUGCUAAUAGAGGAGAAGUGGCAAAGUAUAAAAAUGCUGACCAGACACUUAUAGAUUCACUUGAAAAAUAUGCAGACCAAGGAAUCUUCUUACAGUGGAAAGAAAAGUUUCCACAGGAACUUGUUCAAAAGAUGGAUGGCAGGAAACCCUACCCCGACAACAUUCUGGGGCUGCUACGUUUUAUGCGCAAUAUGCUUGAGCACUAUGCUGAAGAGGCUUCAACAAUUGAUGUCCUUGAAUUAUUUCCUGAUCUAUUUGGAUGUGUCUUCAAGUAUGCUCAAAGCAACGGAUGGAAUAAGGAGAUCCCACUGAAUGAAAUGUUUCAGAGCGAAGACUCUCAAAGCAUCUUUGCAAUGCCAUCCACAAGCACCAAGGAGCAUCUCCGGGUUCCAGCUCAGGAGUCACAACCCAGUAAUUUAGAAUGAAUUUAGCAUAAAAAAGACCAAAGAGAUGAAUGAGACUUCUGCUGGCCAUGUGUCAAAUAUUGAUUGUUCAAUUUUUAUCACUUCAGUCAUUUGUUUAGCUUUAAACCAGUUCUCAUAAAUGAAAAUAUUUUCUCUUGUCAAUGAACACAUAAUUUACAUGAUUUUGUCAUAUCUUUGCAGACAUUUUGGCAGAAAUUAUGCUAAAGUGUGAGUCUUUAUUGCUGAUCAUUUUAAUAUUCAUGCAGGUUUUGCCUAUUAGUCCUUUUAAAUCUUUAUUGAAUGUGUUUUUAGCAACUGACUCUCGUUACGGUUGUCCUUGUGUUUUGUUUUUUUGUUUUUUUUAUCAGCUGUUUUUGACAUAGGGCACUAGAAUAUUACUGUCCUGCUUGGAUGCAUAAGCGGCAGAGAUGUAGAUUGUUUUAGAUCUACCUCAGCCAAUCAUACUUUCUGUGUCUGCCUAGGUAAUUAUGGUACCUUUUCCAAUGCUGCUCAAAAGCCUGGAGCUUUUGGCCUUUCAAAGCCAAGUAGAAUACACAUUUACUCAGGUAAUUUAACUUUCUUUGGGCUUUCCCUCAAAAGAAAUAGGACAAUAUGCCCCUUUCAACUGAGAGUUCUGAAAUUUAAAACACAGGAGGAAGACAAAUCUGGUUCUACCUGUACUUCCAGUGCCAAUGGGCUGCAAACAAUUUAGUCCAUCCAUCCUUCUAUCUUCUUCUGCUUUUCUGUAAGAGUCACUGGGGCUGGUGCCCAUCAUCAGUAGUCUAUUGGCAGCAGUCAAGCAAAGGUACACCCUGAACAGUUUACCAGUCCAUCACAGUUUAAGUAAAGCAUAAAUCCCUAAGCAUAAAACGUUUAAUUAUGUGUCAUAAAACUUUCUAUCAACCUGUACCAGUCAAGAGUUGCUCUGUAACUGCAUGAUUCAUCUAAAAUAACAAAAAUAAAUUAAAAAGAAUGAUUAAAAGUUAUUUUUUAUAAUAUAAACAGGUAAAUCUCAGGUAUCUGCAGGACAAAUAGAAAGCAUUACUAGUCAAAAUUCUAUUUUAUGAAGUUAGUUCACAUUUACAAAAAAUAUAUUUUUAUCUUGAGUUUGUAAGCCUCAGCUAGUAUAUAUUAAGUAGAAGUGGAAGACAGUGGUGUCGACAAUGUGAAAACUUAAAACUAUUCCACACAAGAAGAACUUUAACCUGUGUUCUCUCCUCUUGCAGCACUGUCAGCAUAGAAUCACAAUAAAUGAAAAAAGGUAUAUUUACACAAUAUAUAAAGGGGUUACAGUCCACUAAAAGUUUUUCAUGAAAAGCCUGUUAAAGAGAAUGUAUAUUUCUUAUUUCUACAAGGAAGAGUGAAAGUGCCCCAUCCGAUCAUUAUUGCAUCAAAACAUUUUCUUUUAAUUACAUUUUAUAAUUAAAGUUUUACCAUACCUCAUUAACCCAUUAAAUUUACCUUCUGUCACUACAGAUAGUUAUAAAAAAGUAGAGAUGUUGACUUUAAUUUAAAAAUAGGUUUUAUUUUGUAUCUAUUUUGUCUUUCUUGAUUUUUAGUUUUUUAUUAUUUGAAUGCUGGUCCAUUUGAUGUAUUUUUCUGUCCUAUGGAUUUUAUUAUUUUUAUGUUUACUGUUGUUUUAUGUUGCUUUUGUUUUUACCUGCUUCUUAAACUAGAUGAGUUUGUCAUUGCUAUGCAUGACUAUUUUUUAUUUGUUUCAAAUUGUAUUUCAUGUUAAGUUACAUCAGAUUUUAAUUGUCAUGUUGAUUUAUCCAUGUAACUGUAUAUAAGUGUUUUUAAUUUACAGAAUAUACAUAUUUCUAUUGCAAUAGUAACCUUAGUAAAGAUACCCUUCAAUUCACAAGA